UAGCGUUAACUCCACAAAUCCGUUGCCGUCGGUCCAUUUUUUUGAGAAACCGACUUGUAAGCGUAAAGGCGCGUGUGAAUCCCCUCGAAAAUAAGAGAAAAUUGUGUGCAGUUUACGCUUGACAAGGAUAUUCCAAAUUCGCAAUACCAAAAUGCUCAGAUUUCUUGCCCUGACCACCUUGGUGGCAUUGGCCUCCAGCCAGCACUACCACCAGGACCCCAAGACGGCGGCCAUUAUCAGCGAGCAGCGCUAUCUCUCGGGAGACGGCAAGUUCGGGGCUGCCUACGAGCAGGAGGACGGCAUCAACUUCAAGGAGGAGACCGAUGCGGACGGCACCCGCCACGGCAGCUACAGCUACCUGGAUCCCACGGGCCAGAGGCGCACCAUCUCCUACACAGCCGGCAAGAACGGGUUCCAGGCAUCCGGAGACCACCUGCCGCAGGCUCCCCCUGCCCCACCGCAGCCCGUGCCCACGGCGGGAUACCAGCCGCAGCAGCAGUACCAGCCGCAGCAGUACCAGGCGCCCGCUCCCCAGCCGCAGUCCUCGUUCCGCAGCAACGACUACGGGGACGACGGGUCGUACGACCCCCGCUACAACGACCCCUCCUUCGGCCAGAACCAGCAGAGCUACCAGCAGCCCGCCCCCCAGCCCCAGUACCGCCCCGCCCCGCAGCCCGCCUACAACCCGCAGCCCGUGCAGCCGCAGCCGCAGUACCAGCCGCAGCCGCAGCAGUACCAGCAGCCGCAGCAGGCGUACUACCCCACCACCACCCCCAACCCGCACCGCUUCUCGCCGCCCGGAAAGCUCUCCCUGAACCGCACGCCCGACGGCUUCACCUACUCCUUCAACAAGGUCUAAUUCCCAUCGCCCCAAGCAUCUUCUUCAUUGGGGAACCCUCCCCCAACCCAACUUCUCCCCCUGUCACAUCUAGAUUCUCUUCUCCCCUUGACUCCAUCAAAACUCUUGUGUGAUAUGUUUAAGAGCAAGCUGUAACUUUGUAUCGUACUUCCUAUAUGCGUACUGUUUGUUUGUAUUUAUAAUCCGACACAGAGAAAAUUAAGCCGCGUUACCCGAUCGGAGUAAUGUCAGUUGAAAUUUUAAAUAUAAUGAAAAAUCAAGGAA